AUGGGGAGCCUGUGGAUUGUGUUCUGUGGAGAAUCCAGUUGUGAUUUUAACUUGAUACUUCUCACAAACCCUUCAUCUUGCAUUAACAAUGCUCUAACCGUUUUUCUCGACGCUCUUUUACUAAUCGCGUUCUUCGUCGUUUUCAUUUCCAAACAACCUUUCAAAGAGAACUCGAGCAGGGUGUCGAGUUUGCAGCUAAUCUCCGCUGUUUACAACGCCAUUCUUGGUUCGGUUAACUUAAUUUACGGAGCAUGGGUUUUAGAAGAAAACUCGAGUGAAGGUCGAAAUUCUAUUUUACCCUUACAUUCGUGGGUGAUAUUCGUUUUUCACGGCUUCGUAUGGUUGCUCGUGGGGUUUGCCGUAAGUCUCAAGGGACUGCGUUUUUCGAGAGCUUUGUCCGUUUCGACUUUCGUUUUUACCGGAAUUAUUUUCGGUUUGUCUCUGUUCAAUGCUGUUGUUCUUGAGAAGAAAGUCUUGAUAAAGACCGUUUUCGAUGUGGGAUCCUUUGUAGGAUCUUGUUUACUAAUCUCGUGUGCUUACAGAGGCUAUAGACAUGUAGACAAUGAUGAUGAUGAUGAUGAAGAAGAAAACGAGAUUUUUGACCCAUUGCUUAAAAAAGACCGGGUUGAUCAAAACGUAACACCAUUUGCUAAAGCGGGUUUUCUGAGUACAUUCACAUUCUGGUGGCUAAACCCGUUAAUGAAAACGGGUAAGGAGAAAACACUCGAAGACGAGGACAUACCGAAGCUACGCGAGGAUGACUGCGCAGAAUCGUGCUACUCGCUCUACUCAAACAUUUACAGCCGUAAAAAAAAAUCAAUCUUGAAAACCAUUCUCUCAUGCUACUGGAAAGAGAUCUUCGUCUCGGGCUUCUUUGCGUUCCUUAAGGUCGUCACGAUCUCCUUAGGCCCAUUGCUUCUCAAAGCCUUUAUCAAAGUCUCCGAAGGAGAAGAAAGCUUCGAGCACGAGCGUUAUUUGUUAGUCUUAGCUCUUUUCUUCACGAAAAUACUCGAAUCGGUCUCUCAAAGGCAGUGGUAUUUUCGGUCGAGGCUAGCCGGCCUCAAAAUCCGAUCUUUACUAACUGCAGCUGUCUAUAAAAAGCAGCUGAAAUUAUCGAAUUCCGCUAAACUCGAACACUCGAGUGGCGAGAUAAUGAAUUAUGUAACAGUCGAUUGUUACCGAAUAGGCGAGUUUCCCUUUUGGUUCCACCAAAUUUGGACUACUACUCUCCAGCUCUGUUUUGCAAUACUCAUUCUUUUUCAGUCCGUGGGGCCCGCAACAAUUUCAUCGAUUAUCGUGAUAUUUUUGACCGUUUUUCUUAACAUGCCGAUCGCGAAAUUGCAGCAUAAGUUUCAGACGAAGCUUAUGGAUGCGCAGGACGAACGGCUCAAAGCUAUGAACGAAGCUCUUGUGAAUAUGAAGGUACUUAAGCUUUACGCGUGGGAGACUCAUUUCAUGCGCGCGAUCGAAAAAUUGAGGUUAGUCGAGGAUGUCUGGUUGAAGGCCGUGCAGUUGCGAAAGGCUUACAACUCAUUUUUGUUCUGGUGCUCGCCCGUUUUGGUCUCGGCAGCUACUUUCGGCACGUGUUAUGUGCUCGGAAUAGAGUUAUCCAGUAGCAAUGUUUUUACGUUUGUGGCGACUUUAAGGCUCGUUCAAGAUCCGGUGAGGACUAUUCCGGAUGUGGUUGGUGUGUUUAUUCAGGCGAAAGUGGCGUUUGUGAGGAUAGUGAGGUUUCUCGAGGCGGCGGAGUUGGUGAGCUCGGGAGUUCGUAAGGAGUUAAUUGAUUGUGGUGUUGUUAGUGUUUUGUUCGAGUCAGCUGAUCUCUCGUGGGAUGAGAAGAAUGCGUCGAGUAAGGCGACUGUUCGGGACGUCAGUUUGGAAGUGAAGAGAGGGGAAAAGAUUGCGAUUUGUGGGGAAGUUGGAUCGGGCAAGUCGACACUUCUUGCGGCGAUUCUUGGAGAGGUCCCCAUAACUAAGGGAAAUGUUCAAGUUCAUGGGACCAUUGCGUAUGUUUCGCAAUCUGCGUGGAUUCAGACAGGAAGUAUACGAGAAAACAUUCUCUUCGGCUCUGCAAUGAACAACGUGAGAUAUCAAGACACGCUCGAGAGAUGUUCGCUCGUAAAAGAUCUCGAGCUUCUACCUUACGGCGAUUUAACCGAGAUAGGUGAAAGAGGCGUUAAUCUUAGCGGUGGUCAAAAACAGCGACUUCAGCUCGCUCGUGCUCUCUAUAGUGAUGCCGAUAUAUACCUCUUGGAUGAUCCGUUUAGUGCUGUCGAUGCUCAAACUGCCACGAGCUUGUUUUAUGAAUAUGUAAUGGGAGCCCUUUCGAAGAAGACAGUGUUACUCGUGACUCAUCAAAUUCAUAAAACGUUCUCGGAAAAAAAAGCUAAAAAAACUCUGGGAAGUGAUCAGCUAAUCAAGAAAGAGGAGAGAGAAACGGGCGACACUGGUUUCAAGCCCUACAUUAUAUAUCUAAAGCAGAACCGAAACCGAGGAUUCUUGAUAUUCUCUAUGGCUGCCAUGUGUCACCUAACUUUUGUUAUCGGGCAAAUAAUACAAAACUCGUGGAUGGCGGCAAAUGUCGACGACCCGAAUUUCAGCACGUUGAGAUUGAUCCUCGUGUACUUGCUGAUAGGGGUAAUAUCGUCAUUGUUUUUGCUGACGAGGACAUUAACGACAGUUGUCCUCGGUAUGCAGUCAUCGAGAGCUCUGUUUUCGAAGCUUUUGGUGUCUUUGUUUCGUGCUCCGAUGUCUUUUUACGACUCCACGCCUUUGGGGAGGAUUUUGAGCAGGGUUUCGGUUGACUUGAGUGUUGUCGAUUUGGAUAUCCCUUUCAACUUGGUUUUCACCUUCGGAUCGACUACAAAUUGUUAUUCGAAUCUCGUGGUGUUGGCUGUUAUAACGUGGCAAGUUUUGUUCGUUUCAAUACCGAUGAUCUAUCUGGCUAUUCGCCUACAGAAAUACUACUAUGCCUCGGCUAAAGAGUUGAUGCGGAUUAAUGGCACCACAAAAUCUUUCGUGGCUAACCAUCUAUCGGAAUCUAUAGCCGGGGCCACCACCAUAAGAGCUUUCAAAGAGGAAGAUCGUUUUUUUGCGAAAAAUCUCGAAUUAAUCGACACCAAUGGAAGCCCUUUCUUCCACUAUUUUGCGGCGAACGAGUGGUUGAUCCAAAGGCUCGAAACACUUAGUGCAGCCGUACUUUCCUUCGCAGGCCUCUGCAUGGUUUUACUUCCGCGUGGAACUUUUAGCUCCGGAUUUAUUGGAAUGGCUUUGUCUUAUGGCUUAUCUUUAAAUAUGUCCUUAGUGUUCUCUAUCAAUAAUCAGUGCCUGCUAGCAAACUACAUUGUUUCUGUAGAAAGACUCGACCAGUAUAUGCACAUAAAAAGCGAGGCACCGGAAGUUAUAGAAGGUAAUCGCCCACCGGUCAACUGGCCGGCUGAGGGUAAAGUAGAGAUUCAAGACUUGAAGAUUAGAUAUAGACUGGAUGGGCCACUUGUUCUACGUGGGAUUACAUGCACGUUUGAGGGAGGACACAAAAUCGGCAUUGUGGGUCGAACAGGAAGCGGUAAAACCACUCUCAUUGGUGCCUUGUUUCGUCUGGUCGAGCCUGCAGGGGGGAAGAUUUUAGUGGAUCGAGUAGAUAUCUCGACAAUUGGGCUUCACGAUUUGAGGUCCCGUUUCGGGAUUAUACCUCAAGAUCCCACUCUUUUCACCGGGACCGUGAGAUACAAUUUGGAUCCGUUGUGUCAGCAUUCAGACGAUGAAAUUUGGGAGGUUUUGGGGAAGUGUCAGCUCAAAGAGGCUGUUCAGGAGAAAGAAGGUGGAUUGGAUUCACCCGUUGUAGAAGAUGGGUCUAAUUGGAGCAUGGGCCAAAGACAGUUGUUUUGUUUGGGUCGGGCCCUUUUGAGAAGGAGCAAAAUUCUGGUGCUAGACGAGGCAACUGCAUCGAUCGACAAUGCAACAGACAUGAUCUUGCAGAAAACUAUUCGGAACGAAUUUUCAGAUUGUACUGUGAUAACAGUGGCUCAUAGGAUACCCACAGUUAUGGACUCAACCAUGGUUCUAUCCAUCAGUGAUGGGAAAGUUGUGGAGUACGAUGAACCAAUGAAGCUGAUAAAGAGGGAGAACUCAUUGUUUGGUCAGCUCGUGAAAGAAUAUUGGUCACAUAAUAAUCACUCUGUAGAAUAG